UCACAUCCGGUUUUCCCAUGAUGCAUAACGUAUUUGGUCUAUGUGCAUUAUAAAGUAUCAUAAGGCAGAACUUGAGAGAUUUAGACGAAUUUUUGGCAUAUCGUGCCUAUUCCAUGGAAUCUUAUGAUGUAAUAGCAAACCAGCCUGUUGUCAUAGACAAUGGGUCCGGUGUAAUAAAAGCUGGGUUUGCUGGUGAUCAGGUUCCAAAAUAUAUAUUUCCAAAUUAUAUUGGUAGACCCAAACAUGUACGUGUUAUGGCAGGAGCCCUUGAAGGGGACAUAUUUCUGGGCCCAGAAGCAGAGGAACACAGAGGAUUGUUGUCUAUAAGGUAUCCUAUGGAACAUGGUAUUGUUAGAGAUUGGAAUGAUAUGGAAAGAAUCUGGCAGUAUAUUUAUUCAAAAGACCAACUUCAAACAUUCUCGGAAGAGCAUCCGGUAUUAUUAACAGAAGCACCGUUAAAUCCAAAACGUAAUCGAGAAAAAGCUGCCGAAAUAUUUUUUGAAACAUUUAAUGUACCUGCACUAUUCAUAUCAAUGCAAGCUGUGUUAAGUUUAUAUGCUACUGGUAGAACUACUGGUGUUGUAUUAGAUGCUGGAGAUGGGGUAACACAUGCUGUACCAAUAUAUGAAGGUUUUGCUAUGCCACAUAGUAUAAUGAGAGUAGAUAUAGCUGGUAGAGAUGUAUCUAGAUAUCUUAGACUUCUACUCAGAAAAGAAGGUUUUGAUUUUCACACUACAGCAGAAUUUGAAGUAGUUAAAACAAUUAAAGAGAAAAUGUGUUAUUUAGCAUUAAAUCCAUUAAAAGAAGAAAGUAUUGACACAGACAAAGCACAAUAUAGUUUACCAGAUGGAAGUACCAUAUUAGUUGGUCCUGCACGCUUCCAAGCACCAGAAUUACUAUUUCGACCAGAUUUAAUAGGUGAAGAAUGUCAAGGUAUACAUGAAGUUCUAGCAUACUCAAUACAAAAGUCAGACAUGGAUCUUAGGAGAACAUUAUUUUCUAAUAUAGUUUUAUCAGGAGGUUCAACAUUAUUUAAAGGUUUCGGUGAUCGAUUGCUUAGUGAAGUAAAAAAAUUAGCCCCGAAAGACAUAAAAAUAAGGAUAUCUGCCCCGCAAGAACGAUUAUAUUCUACAUGGAUAGGGGGUUCUAUUUUAGCAUCACUGGAUACAUUUAAAAAGAUGUGGAUUUCAAAAAGAGAAUAUAAUGAUGAAGGUGUUAAAGCUCUACAUAGGAAAACAUUCUAGCUAUUUAUUUUUUUAUUUUCCCAUGAUGAAAACUGCAAUAUGGUCUAUUAUAGUGUGUUCAUUUAACAUCUCUACUUGUGUAGAUCUUUCACUCUGUAUGAUGACUAGAAUCUCUUCCAUGUGAAAUUGGAGUUUUAAAUAGCUGAAAGUGAAUUUAAGUACUUAAAGUUUACCAUUUAAAUUUACAGCAGUUCUCUCAUUGAAUAGCAGGUGCUAACAAAUAUUGUGACUACAUAAAUAAUUCAAAUUGACUUGAUCAUCUAAGAUUACAGCCAAAAUUUGGAAUAUCUAUUGGAGAAUAAUACACUUGUCCAAUACUCAGAUCAAAUAAUCUAUAAGGCAAGAGUGCCUUCUAAAGCACAGGAUGUCUCAAAUUUCUGGACCAUAUUGCAGUACUGUCAUUUCUAGAAUAACUUAUUGUAAUGUCUGUACAGCCACUAUAUAUUUAAUUUGAUUAUCAUCCUCAUUUUCACUCUAGCUGCCAUUAAAUGAACAAAACGGCAUUGUUAUGUUAGUAGUAAAACUUUUAGUUAUAUAAUAAUAGUUAUUAAGUUGUAGAGUUUGCAUACAAGGUGAAAGUGGUUAGGUUAUUUAUAUCAACAAAAAUAUUUACAAUGGUGAUUUUUUUCAAACAAAUUAUUUUGUGCUAAAAAGUCAUAAUAUUGGUGCUUAGAGUAUGGUUUUAGUUUUCUUAUCUUUAUACUUCAUUUGAACACUUAAAAUAAAAUAUUUGUUUUGAUUGUAUUACACUAGAUCUUGUGUGUCUCUAUCCCUAUAGAUGUAUGUAUAUAUUGUUUCUGUUAAUGAUAAAAUGAAAUCGUUUUACUGAAUCAUGUUAAAAUGUAAUAUUUAGUACACAUAUAUUGUAAAACAAUAUAUAAUCUGGUAGUAAUGUUAUCCAAUAAAAGUUAACUAUCACACUUCAAAUGAGUAUCUAUCUGUAAAUACAGGCACCGAGACAAACAAAAGACAGGAUGACCAGUUGAAUUACUAGGCUAUACAUGUAUUACACUGUUUGAGUAAUGCUUAUUGUUUGUACACUCUAAUGGUAUUAUUGUUUAUUGUCACCUUGUAAUUCGGCUAAGUACUUUUAUUAUUAAUAAGCCAAUGGUAUUGGUUUUUUUUUUUUAAAUCUGAAUGCAUACAUGUCACACAAUAAAUAAUAGGACCUAUUUCAAGAAGAGAAAAGUUAAAAUACUGAAACUAUCAUGACUACAAUGGUUGGUAUUUAAUAUUUCAUAAGAAUAUGUUAACCAUAUAAAAUGCUUUUCCAUGGAUAUUUUAAGUUACUUUUAUAGGAACUGUUAAUUAAUGGUGAAAGGGUGCUGUUCAGUUAUAUUCAAUGAAAUAUUAAAAUAUUAUAUUCUUAAUUUAUUGGUGGUAAUAUCUAUAACAAUAUAUAUUUGAUACAUGUACUUAUGCAUGGUAAUUGUUCUGUCAAUUGGUGAUUAUUACCUUUCCUUAUUUCAAGCUCAACAAUAAAUACCUUGUCUGUGUAAAAGCGUUAUGAAAAUUUUGAAUUUUAGGUCAUAUAUUUAAAACAGCCCCAAGCUUGAGAAUCCAAUCAUUGAUUAUUUGGAGCGCUAUACUUUAUUUCUUAUUACUACAAAAAAAAUUCUCUUUGUAAUUAACAAUAAAAUGUCUGUUGAUAAAUGUCAGAUGUUACAUGAACAUGCCCAGUCUAAAUCCACAGCGAAAUUGCAUAAAAAUGAAGUAAUACUUUCUGAUCAUUUAGCAGUGUUUCCUUGAAAUAAUCUGUCCUAUGCAGAUACCUUCAUAUGAUGCAAAUUAAAAUCUACUAUUAGCAUAGUUUUAGUAAACAUUGAAUUUUGACCAAACUGAUGAAUUUUGAAAAGUAAGCAACAACUAAAAGUAAAUGUCAGUGUUCUUUAGUAAACAUUUGAUAUGAGCCAUAAAGUAGUCACAGAUGAAACAACAGAUAUUUAGUAGUUUGAAAUUCACCAUGUUAUAAAACAUGGGUUAGAAAAACACUACCGAACUGAUGAAUUUUUAAAAUUUCGCUACAACUACAAGUUGAAGUCAGUGUUCUUUAAUAAACAUUUGAUAUAAGCCAAAAAGCAAUCGCAGAUUAAACAGCAGAUAUUUAGUACCGUUAGUUUGAAAUCCACCAUGUUAUAAAACAUGGUUUAGUAAAGCACUACCUCACGACACCAACUAGUGCAAUAUAUGAGAUGAAAGGAUAAUGAUUACUUAUUAAGGUUUCAGAUUAAUCUAUAUUGUGACUAGUGGCUCAGACAUUAUAUAACUAGUCAAUACUCAAGCUGAAUUUUUAUUGUAUAUUACUCUGUAUGUAUUGAUUUUUAGCUGAUAAUGGAGGUUGAAUAUUUUAGAAUAAUAAAUAAUGAACUGUAUUCUAUAAAUAUAAUCACACAUGUUCCAGUAAGUGCACAUUGACAUAAGAGAUGCAAGGCAGUUAAAUGAAUUGACUGCAGCUUUGCAUUUAAUAUUUAGGUGCAUUUUGAGUACUAAAUUGCAUCAAUUUCACAUCGCAAAUUAGUCAACUAUUCAUGAGAAUUAUGUCACAAAAAAAUAUUUGUAAUAUAAUUAUUCAGACUGAAGAAGGGUCUUUUGACCAAUGUGUACUUACAUGUGAUGUUUUCACAUGGUUAAUUACAUGUGGUAUUCAGUUCACAAUAGUUCUAUAAUGUACCUAUGAUAUAAAAUAGUGGUGUAGAAAAUAGAAAACCAACAAUGUAAUUUUAUUAUGAGGGAAAUUUAGUUUAGUUUCUUUUUUUUUUUUCAAGCCUUAUUGCUUGUCUCAUUGCCUUCUAUUAUGCAUUGUGUCAAUUGCUGUAACAUACAAGAUAUUAAAUUUGUAUUAAACUCGUCUUAAAUUUAA